CGAAACCAUGGAAAAUGGCUCCACAAUGGUGUCGGUUUGUUAUUGACGCGGCGUUGGAGUAUGACACUCCAAAAAUAGUUCAUAUUAAGAGCAAGAAAGUUGGGAUUAUUAACAGGUUAAUACAGUUAGUAAUCAUAAGUUACAUCGUCGGAUACGUUAUAGUCUAUCAGAAAGGUUACCAGGAAUUUGACGAUGUUGUGAGUACGGCAACCACCAAAGUAAAAGGCGUGUCUUAUACCAAUCUGUCCAAUGUGGAUCCAGCUAACUUGACGGUGGACGAUACCACACCGUAUGAUAGACUAUGGGAUGUGGCAGAUUAUGUUAUACCACCACAGAUGCACAGUUCUUUUUUUGUGAUGACUAAUAUGAUUAUCACUGUAGACCAAACACAAGGAAAAUGUCCUGAGGACCCAGGAAUGUUUGGUGCAAAUUGUACUGUGGAUGCUGAUUGUCACGAGGGAGAAGCUAUAGUCGCAGGCAAUGGUGUGGCUACUGGUAAAUGUAUAGAUAACCCAGGGUAUAAUAACACAAAAACUUGUGAAAUACUUGCUUGGUGUCCUGUGGAAAGAGACAUUAAGCCAGGUCCAAGGAAGGACAAACCUGUACUUUAUGAAGCUGCCAACUUUACAGUACUAAUUAAAAAUUCAGUAUCAUUCCCAAAGUUUGAUUUUCAAAAGAGAAAUAUUUUAGAUAGUAGUAAUGCAAGUUUUUUAAGAGAUUGUAGAUAUGACUCAAAAGAUGCAGAUCUUCAGUUUUGUCCAAUUUUUCGACUUGGAGAUAUUGUCAAAGAAGCCAAAGUGUCAGCUGGUGAAGAAGUGGAUUUUGGAACAAUGGGGUUUGAGGGUGGUGUGAUGGGAAUUUUUAUAAACUGGGAUUGUAAUCUAGAUCAUGCUGCUGAAGAAUGUAAACCACAUUAUAGCUUUCGUCGUCUUGAUAACCCAGAAGCAAAAAUUGCCCAGGGAUUCAAUUUUAGAUUUGCAUACAAAUAUAAGAUAAAUGCAACUGACGAGUAUAGAACAUUGACAAAGGCCUAUGGUAUAUUAUAUGAAGUGAUAGUGACUGGACAGGCCGGUAAAUUCAGCGUCAUUCCGCUCUUCCUCAACAUUGGCUCUGGUUUAGCUCUAUUGGGCUUGAAUCUAGACAAAGAAUGAUGGGUCUGAUGAAGGGGGGGGUGGUGUCUUUGUGACUUUACCUCACUUAUACUAUAGAUAUUACAUAUAAUAGGCUUUUAUGUAGUAUAUCGGAUAUUUAAAGUAUGAAAUUAGACUUAUUUUCCUGCUGCAGAUUAAAUUAAUCUUCUGUUUGCGAAAAUAACAAACAAAUCUUAUCGCAAGCUUAACAAUGUUUUUUAACUGUAUAUUUUGUUGUCGAAUAUUUACGAAUUGCUGGAUUAAAUAUUAGCAUAAAAA